AGAGAGAGAAGGGAGGGGGAGGGUGUACACAGCGUUCUAUUUCUUAUAGACUAACAGCUGCUGGGCUGAGGCUUCUGUAUUGAGCGCAGAGAAACACUGAGUGAGUGAGAGAGAGAGAGAGAGAGAGAGAGAGAGAGAGAGAGAGAGAGAGAGAGGGAAAGAGAGAGAGAGAGAGAGAGAGAGAGAGAGAGAGAGAAAGAGGCUGUGUGUAUCGUGAAGAGGCUGUGUAUUUAGGAGAAUCCAUAGUCCUCACAAGGAUAAGAGAAGAAAGAAGAAGACCGCAAGCUUUCAUUUUUUUCCUCAUUAUUCCGCAUCCUACCGGAGGCUUUUGUGUCUUAUUUUUUUUGGUCCUUCUCUCUCUCCAUCCUUCCUUCCUUCACCGCGGAAGGAGGAACAGCACAGCAGCACAGCCGGUGGUGGAAGUUGACACUGUAGUGUGGGUGUUGAGCUGAGAGGCCCUGGUUGAUGCUGUGAAAGAGCUCUGUAAAGACAAACACAAGCAAAGGUUGCAGCCAUGGGGAACCUCAUUAAGGUCCUUGGCAAGGAUUUAGAAAACUGUCCACAUUUUUUCCUGGACUUCGAAAAUGCCCAGCCUACGGAGGCAGAGACGGCGGUAUGGAACCAGGUCAGUGCUGUCCUGGAGGAGGCCCACGGUAUCCUGGCUGAACUACAGUCAUACAACGGGGCGGGACAGGAGAUACGAGAGGCCAUCCAGAACCCAGGUGAUCUGCAGCUACAGGAGAAGGCCUGGAACGCAGUCUGCCCUCUGGUGGCCAAGCUCAAACGCUUCUACGAGUUCUCCCUCCGACUGGAGAAUGCCCUGCGUAGCCUGUUGGAGGCGCUGACGAGCCCUCCCUACGCUCCCAUGCAGCACCUGGAGAGAGAGCAGGCCCUGGCCAAACAGUUCGCGGAGAUACUCCACUUUACCCUCAGCUUCGACGAACUGAAGAUGACAAACCCAGCCAUUCAGAAUGACUUCAGCUACUACAGGAGAACCAUCAGUAGAAACAGGCUGAACAACCAGCAGUUGGAGGCGGAGAACGAGGUGAACAACGAGAUGGCCAAUCGGAUGUCUCUGUUCUACGCCGAGGCCACACCCAUGCUGAAGACCCUGAGUAAUGCUACCACCAAGUUUGUGUCAGAGAAUAAGACAUUACCCAUUGAAGACACCACAGACUGCCUGAGCACCAUGGCCUGUGUGUGUCGCGUCAUGCUGGAGACCCCUGAGUACCGUUGUAGGUUCACCAACACAGACACCGUGUUGUUCUGUAUGAGGGUGAUGGUGGGAGUGAUCAUCCUGUACGACCAUGUCCACCCUGUAGGAGCCUUCGCCAAGACAUCCAAAAUAGACAUGAAGGGCUGCAUCAAGGUGCUGAAAGAACAGCCUUCCAACAGCGUGGAGGGACUACUGAACGCACUGAGGUAUACAACCCGACAUCUAAACGACGACAGCACCUCUAAACAAAUCAGGGCUCUUCUUCAAUGAAAGAUGGAAGAGAGGAGAGUGUGAAGGAAGGAGAGAGAGAGAGAGAGAGACAGAGAGAGAGAGAGAGAGAGAGAGAGAGAGAGAGAAAGAGAGAGAGAGAGAGAGAGAGAGAGAGACAGAGAGACAGAGAGAGAGAGAGAGAGAGAGAGAGAGAGAGAGAACACACAGAGGGAGGAGAAGUAAAAACGAAGGAGAACAAACUGUGUUGGCUGAAUCCUGUUUGUUUACAUGAAUGAAAAGCUAAAUGAUAAAAAACCGAACUGAUGAGAAGAAGUUUAUGUAUUGUUCAUCUCAUUUUGUAAAAAAAAAAAAGAAAAUGAAGGAAAAUAAUCUAUAGAGAUAUGUAUAAAUAAAGAAAAACAACUAAACAAGUGUUAGCAGAUUUCUAAUAAGACGAAAGAGGAAGAACAACAAGGAAAAUUAUUAUUAGAAAAAUAUACAGUCAGGAAAUAAAAAAACUGAAGCAAAAAAAAUGAAAAUAAACAAAAAGUUUCAUAUUCCGUACAACAAGGUUAGUCUGAAGAAUAUUUUUGCGUAGAAUAUAAACAGCGCCGUCUGUCAGUCUCCACCUAGUCGCUGGAAACAUUUAAACCAGGCUCCAUUAAAAACUGUAAAGAAUAGACUAAGAUUGACAAAACGGCCUGAUUCCAAACCAAUGGCUUCUCCUUUUCCAAAAAUCCUUGUUGACUCCCCUUGAUCUAAAAUGACUUGGAGGUGGAAGCAUUGUGGGGGAAACACUUCAUAACAUACCAGAAGGCAAAUGGGAGCUAAUGGGAGCUAAUGGAAGCUAAUGGGAGCUUUAACCAUAUUGCUGAUACCAAUCCAAACAAUUUGUCAGAUUGUCAACAAGGUCCUAGGGUUCGGGAAGAGGUAUUGGUUUGGGACCAGGCCCCUGUGUAGAUUAUAAUCAGUCACUGCAUUGAGGGUCCAUCCCAAUAGUUUUAAGGGGCUUCCUCUUCUCCUCGUCUCCUCUCCUUGACUCCUCUCCUCCAUUUACACUGAACUGACAACACAGGUGUUAUUAAGUAAGUAUUGCAGAUGAAAAAAAGGGGACAAGGAGACAAGGAGACAAGGAGGGGAAGCUAUUUUACUGUAUUGACAUACACCCAGACACUGCUCAUCACACACCCACUCCGAACCCCCCCCCACCACCCACUUGAAUCGUAACCACGGGAACUGUGGGAGUUUUUGGCACUAGUACGUGAUGUUAUGCCGUAAAUGGAGUUUGUGAAGAAUUUUGGUGAUUCAGCCCUCUCUUUAUGGUGCUAAAAUGUUUAACUAUCGACAUAGAACCUCACACAACGUUUCAUACAUCUAGUGCCAAAGCUACCGCAUCAUCAGCAGGUGAGGAGGGGGUUAAAGGAGACACCGACGGCUAGCCUUGUACCACUGCUUGAUAUCUAUCUUUAGGGGGUUAAAGGAGAUAGUGACUGACUGCUUGAUAUCUAUCUUUAGGGUGUUAAGGAGAUAGUGACUGACAGCUAGCCUUGUACCACUGCUAGAUAUCUAUCUUUAGGGGGUCCAAAAGGCUCCAGGACAUCACAGUCUACUGCUCCAACCCCUACAUAGCCAACCAGCCAUCAGUAAACCAUAUUCUGUACCUUGUGAAAUCUUGGAUGUGCCAUCUUGGAUUUUCUUUGGGUGGAAUACUCUAUUGAAGCAUUAAAGAGAAGGGCAGAGACUUUCAGGGAGGGACAAAGACCUUAUCAUUAACAAGAGGAUAUAUAAACACACACAUAUGCACACAGGCACAGUCAUUAGAUUACUCAUUAGAGUCGCGGUGUAAAUAAGUGAGCGAGCUGAGUAUUUUCUCAUCAGGCAACUACAAGGCCAGCUCUGGUCCGCCAGGAUAGAAUACACAACAACAAUAAGAAAUGUGCUUAUGUUCCACUAGACAUUUCUUCUUUUAGUAUGAGGCAAAUAAAAAAAAUGUUGUUGAUAAAGUGGGUAUUGAAAAAGGAGAUUUUAAAAAUGCAGAGCUGUACUUUCCAUGUCUAUAGACCUUAGUCUAACUUCAGUUGAUCUCAUAAUAUAUUUUCUAUACAGGGGUAUGUGGUAGAAACAUAUUCUGUAUAAAUAUAUAGAUGGCAUGUUGUAAAGUUCUGACAUAAAAUGUGUACAUAAAAGGUGUUUUUAUUCAUUUUUAAUUGUUCAGUGAAGCUGAAAUUGGGUGUGUUGUCUCUCUCAGAAAUACCAUGGCUUGGCUUGGACCAUUGAACUUGCUGUAGUGAGUCAUAGGUAAAAAAAAAAAAAAAAAAA